AACACCCGUCAAAUUUCACUUCCUGGUUACUUGUCUAAGAAGUUUCUGCUACCUGUAAUUAGUUAAAUUAAUCAGAAAAGAGUGGUCCACGUAGCCUAUGUGUCGGUGUAUCCCGUGAAAAAGAUGUGGCGCGCGCUCAAACCGUUGGGAUUAUUUUACGUCUUCCUGUUGUUUUUUUCUGUCACCCAACGACGAUGACCAAAUUUCCGUGGCUGUAGGUAAAGAUGCUGUCCUCAGUCCGCCCCCCAUGGAUCUUCCUAUCCAGAGAAUAGAGUGGAAACACAAUGAAGAUAUUGCAGCAGGGUGGUAUGGAGACGAGUUUGAGUGCCUUGGCCAGUUUAAAGGUCGCUGUGAGGUGGACACUGAUACUGGAGAACUGACCAUCAAAAAAAUCAACCUGAAUGACAGCGGCAUCUACACACCAGAGAUUAACGGCAAAGUCUUAAGCAAGACUCAGCUCUCUGUUAUCCCUGUCCCAGUUUACGGAGCUAAAGGUGAAGAUGUGAUCCUCAGACCACCCCCAAUGACUGAUACUAUCCAAAGAAUAGAGUGGAAACACAAUGAAAAUAUUGCAGCAGGGUGGUAUGGAGACGAGUCUGAGUGCCUUGGCCAGUUUGAAGGUCGUUGUGAGGUGAACACUGAUACUGGAGCACUGACCAUCAAAGAUCUUAACCUGAAUGACAGCGGCAUCUACACACCAGAGAUUAACGGCAAAGUCUUCAACAAGACUCAGCUCUCUGCUAUCUCUCGUGUAGCUAAACCCUCUGUAAAAACAUCCUGCAACACUGAGAAGACCAGCUGUCACCUGACCUGUGAAGGCAACACUGCAGAGGCUGAACCAAUCACUUAUACGUGGUUUAUAGAUGACCAACAUGGACCUUCAGACAAGGUGUUGACUAUAACAGGGCAUUUUUUGGAUUUCAGUUCAGGGUUCAGUUUCAGAUGUUUGAUGAUGAACCCAGUCAGCAAUGAAACCAGUGAAAGCGUCACAAACCCCAUCGCUGUGUUCUGGAUAUCCAUCUUUGUAGCAGUAGGGAUUGUCUAUGUGGUAGCUGCAUAUUUCAUCUGCAAGUGCAUGAGGGGAAGACUGCAAAGAGCAAUGUUAGAAAGAAGGCGAAGAGCACAAAACAGGACUAAACAAGAGAUGAGAUGACUAAAUCAACCUCCUGAUGGUGAAGGACAAACUGAUACUACCCAACAUCUCAGCGAUGGAGCUGUUGCUUCAGGAAUCCAGAGAACCACCCCGGUCUCAGCGACACAAAACGGCCACAGUGGAGCUGGUCAGUAAAAUCCUAACCAUGAGAGUUUAACCCUAAACAGUUCAGAAAAAACAUGGAAGAGUUUCCUGUUCUGGGAAAAGUCUUAAUAUAUUUACCCAAGAGAAAUCUGCACUGAUGCCAGACAAGAAACCAGAAACCAACUGUGAGCCAUCAGCUGAUGGACAGGAAGCAGAUGACAGAGCGUAAACAAGGCGUAAACCUCAAAACACGUUGAUAGAGACUUUUGUUGCAGAAUCUUCUCCAUUUGAAGAUGUUACACUCACUAUGGGACGAAGUGUUACAUGACGGUAGUGAGAAACUUGAAGAAAUGCACUAUUUAUUUCCGACACUAACUGCCUACAGCCAUGUCAGCCUGUGAUGUAAGAAUGAAUACAAAUAGCUGCUCUCUGCAGAUCAUGCAUUUUAAAAUCACUGCAUGGUUCAGGACCACUGAGUGAUAGUAGUUAACAUUUCUGUUUACAGCAGCUUCAGACCAGUGAAGCAUCAUAAUUGCUGUAUGUUGGAGGAAAAUAUGAGGAAACAAAAGAGAUGGAUGUCAAGGAAUUUUAGAGGAUUUUUAGUCUUUAUUUUUACACUGUUAACAUUUUGUGACAUUUGUAUUAGGCAAGAACAUCAAACUUUUUAUGUUUUUUACAUAGACAAACUAAUUUUUUUAAGAUUUAGAUUAUAUUUUUUAUAGAAUCAAAUCUGUGCUGCCAGUUUUGAUGCCAAAACAAAGUUCUGGGAGAAUUUUCAUGAAAUUCCUAAUAAUAGUGAUUAGCCAUUGCAGCGCCAUAAAUCCUGAAAUCUGAGCCAAACCAAAGUAUAGAGAUUAUUUUUGUAUGUUUAUAUUUCCUUACAUUCUUCCAGUCGUGACCAAGCACAAACAUUUUUUUGGCUUUUUUUUUUUUUUUAAUCAUGACAUAUGAACUAUCUCUUUAUUUUAUACAGGUUAAAGUGACUGUUCCAACUUUUGAAUGGUGCAAAAGAACU